UGCCAUUUUUUGAAUAGCUUAACAAAAAUGAUAAGAUCCAAAUAAAUAUUUUAAUGAUAUACAUACAUAUACAUGUUAACUUAUAUCACUGAAACUUUGUUAGACAUGCCAAGGUCUUAUAAACGUUCUCACAGUCAUUCUCCUCGAUCAUAUAAUCAUCAACAUGACGAUGAAAGUCAAGACGAAUCAAAUCACCAUAAUGCUCACAAGUAUAAACACAGAAGGCAUAAACAAAAAUAUUCACGUGAUUCCAAAUAUAAUGAUUUUAGUAAUUCACAAAAGCAACACUCAGAUAAUGACCAAUCAACCACAUCUUCUAAACGACACAAACACCGGCACAAAAGGCAUAAACACAAAACUCGAUCCACGAUUAGUGAAAAAAAGCGUGAAAAGUCAGAAAGAAAAGGAAGUGUUGACGAUGACAAAGAAGGACAUUUAAUUUAUCAUAACGGAGAUUGGCUUCAAGAUAGAUAUGAAAUAUUGAGUACUUUAGGAGAAGGAACAUUUGGUAAGGUUGUCAAAGUCAGGGAAGACAAUAACGAAAAUAUGGCCGCCUUGAAAAUAAUAAAGAAUGUUGAGAAGUAUAGGGAAGCGGCCAAGUUAGAAAUCAACGUAUUAAAAUACAUCGCCAAACGGGAUCCACAAGGAAAAUUUUUGUGUGUAAAAAUGUUAGAUUGGCUGAACUAUCAUGGUCACAUAUGCAUACUCUUUGAAAUGUUGGGUCUUAGUGUAUUCGAAUUCCUGAAACAAAAUAAUUAUCAAUCCUACCCCCUGGACCACGUUAGACACAUCGGUCAACAGCUAUGCCGAGCAGUUAAAUUUUUGCACGACCACCAAUUGUCACAUACCGACCUCAAACCCGAAAACAUGUUAUUUGUUAACUCAGAAUACGACAUUGAAAUACAUCCCAAAACAGGUAAGAAGUAUAGGGUCGUUAAGAAUUCGCAGAUUAAGCUAAUCGAUUUUGGAUCCGCCACCUUUGACGAUGAGCACCACAGCACCAUUAUAUCCACUAGGCAUUACAGAGCUCCGGAAGUCAUUUUAGAAUUGGGAUGGUCUCAUUCUUGCGAUGUUUGGAGCAUAGGAGCUAUACUCUUUGAAUUGUAUAAUGGGCUAACGUUGUUCCAAACUCACGACAAUAGGGAACACUUGGGAAUGAUGGAGCGAAUUUUGGGCCAAAUACCUUACAGAAUGUGUCGCAGAACAAAAACCAAAUAUUUCUACCAUGGCCGCUUGGAUUGGGACGAGUACAGCUCGGCCGGUCGCUACGUGCGAGAAAAUUGCAAACCCCUCAUGCGUUACCCGCAAACUAACGCUCCCGAUCACUUGGAGCUGUUCGAUUUGAUUUACCUAUCCCUCGAAUACGAACCGGCCCAAAGACCCACUCUUGGGGAACUUCUUAAACAUUCGUUUUUCCGGAAGUUGGGAGCAGAUAAAAAUAGUAAAAUCUUGCCGUUGGCGAACGGAAAGAACGGCGGGAAUAGUAAAGGGGGGGAAGAGGAAAGUGAGGGGAGUCCUGCGAGGUCUGAAGAUAAGAUUAAGGCGGAGGAUGAACCACGCGAAAAGCGUGAUCAAAAUAGUGCUAAACCAUCUACCGAAAGUCGGGAAGAAACCUGAACGGAAAGGAUCUAAGGGGAUCGAUUGUUAGCGCCUCGUGGAAGGUGCCUUGAAUCUUAAAUAUAAUCAACCAUUGAAAUACAAUUUUUGAAACGAUGAUUUAAAUUAUGGUCGUAAUAUUUUAUUUUUUUAAAAAUAAUAUACAAUAAAAAAAAAAUAUAUAUUUUUUAGAAUAAUUGUGGAAAAUGUUUUAAAUCGUAGACCCUUGAGUCAUUUUUUUUUAUUGUUUAACGCGGUUAUUUUUAUUAUGUGCCCACCAACUUUACAAAAAUCAUUCAUUUUUAAUAGUGAUAAAAUAGAAAAUAUAUAACUAUUUUUUAUAAUUCGUUCUCAGACCUAAGGAAUAUAGUGUAAUUUAUAUAAUUUGUAUAAUAAAUAAAUAAAUCAUAUUUUUAAUUGUCAUGAUAUCAAAAAACAUUUCAUAAUAUUAAAUUAUCUUUGUGUUUUUAUUUUUCGCCCGUUUGAAUAUUAACAUAUUAGUGUUUUUUUCCCACAUGUAAACUACCCCUUGCUUGAUAUUAUGAUAAUUUAUAUAUAUAAAAAAUGAACGCCACAAA